AUGCCAGCCUCUACCUCUACGAUCACUACGUCUCGACCAGACAGCAAAGAUGAAGCUACGAAGCGUUUACGAACACCGCCAGUAAAGGAGACUGCCCCUCCUCUCGAGGUCAAAGAGAACGACUUCUUCUGGACAUAUACAGAGGAGCCCCAUCGUACACGUCGACAAGCUAUCAUUAAGGCACAUCCCGAGGUAACGAAACUCUGCGGGCCAGAACCUCUCACGAAAUACGUCGUAGCCCUCGUUGUCUCUAUCCAACUUCUAUGCGCAUAUCUCCUAGAAAACACACCGUUCCUAUCAUGGAAGUUCUUCCUAACUGCAUACGUGGUGGGUGCCACGGCAAACCAGAAUUUGUUCCUGGCUAUUCACGAGAUUUCACACAAUUUGGCCUUCAGGAGUCCGGCGAUGAACAGAGCCUUGGCCGUGUUUGCAAACCUGCCAAUUGGUAUCCCAUAUAGUGCUUCCUUCAGGCCAUACCACCUAACACACCACAAGUCUCUUGGCGUAGACGGUCUUGAUACCGACCUUCCUACAGCCCUGGAAGCUGUCUUCUUCGAUUCUCUCGCUGGAAAAGCCUUCUUCUGCACCUUUCAAAUACUCUUUUACGCUCUCCGGCCUAUGUUCAUCUACAAAGUCCCGUUCACCGAGAUCCACUUCAUCAAUAUUGCUAUCCAAGUUCUCUUCGACCUCUUCCUGGUUAAGACUUGUUCUAUGCACAGUCUCUACUACCUAAUUCUCUCGUCCUUCCUCGCCGGUUCUCUCCACCCCUGCGCCGGUCACUUUAUCGCUGAACACUACGUUUUCGACCCACCCGAGACCGCUAAGGACCCUCUCACCAAUACGCUCAUCCCCGAAACAUAUUCUUAUUAUGGCUCACUAAAUUUCUUUACCUACAACGUUGGUCUGCACAAUGAGCAUCAUGACUUCCCAGCGGUUCCAUGGACGAGGUUGAGGAAGUUGAAUGCCAUUGCACACGAAUUCUAUGAUGAUCUGCCCAGGCAUGAAAGUUGGAUUGGUGUCAUCUGGAGGUUCAUUUUGGAUGAUAAGGUGGGCAUGAGAUGUAGGGUCAAAAGGAAGGAGGGUGGAAGAAAAGUGGGUGGGUGGACUGAAGCUGAGGUGCAGUCUUGA